AUGGCAGUGAAACGCACCGCCAGACACCCUGACCCGGACCACACCCUGCGAGCCUCAUCCGCAUCCGCACCGACAUCCUCAAGCGAACAAGAAACCCUCAUCUCUGCCGCCUCGCGUCACGAGCAAAAACGCCGCAAGCGAAUCAAACCCACCCCCAUCUCGCCCGAGCCUGUGUCUCUGCCUGACUCCGCACCUCUUUCUCUACCCGCCACGCACCCUCAUCACCGCAACAUCUCCUCCUCCCCCUCCUCGUCCUCGUCGCUGUCAUCGCCACUCUCCCCAACACUCCCAUUCCACCGAUCGCACCGCCCCAACCACGCCUCAAAAGUCCAAGCCCUCAACCGCGCCCUCACUUGGACGGGCAUCCGCCUCGUCAAAGUCGCGAGCGGCGAUCGGCACGUGCAGAGUAUCGACGACUCUGACGUGCAAGGAUGGGUGGAGUACAAGUUCGUGAGGGGGCAACGGGGUGUUGCUGGCGUCGUGGAGGUGGGCAACGCUCUUGAGUGGGCCAUGAUGAGCGUGGAGGGGACGGGGAAAAAGGAGUUGGGGGUUUGGCGGAUGGUGAUGGAUUCGGUUUACGGAGGGGCGGAGGGGGAGGGAGGCGGUGUGGGCAUGAAGCUUGAUGAUCGAGGUGGGGAUGGUGGCGCAGACGAAGAUAAAGAGGUUGAUGGUGUGGGUGGGGCGUGA